AUGACGAUCCAGAAUUUCUCUAUCGAAUAUGAUGCCAUCAACAGCAAGAACAUCUUUUCAACUGGGGACAACAUCAAAGGAAGAAUUGUUCUAGAAGUAUCGAAGAAGAUCCAGGUCCAAGCCCUGAUUUUCAGAGCACAGGGACAGGCCAAGGUCUGCUGGAGUGAACAACACGGACAGUACGUACACAGGGUCUACAUGUCAAAAGAAAAGUACUACAAUGUGGAGCAGCACAUCCUGCCAACCAGGCCUCAUGGCACUGAUGUGAUUGGCCCAGGGAAACAUGUGUUUCCCUUUUCUUUCAAGAUUACUGAAAGUAACCUCCCAUCAACGUUUAAAUCCUCGGUUGGUAAAAUCGUGCACAAGUUGAAGGCAGAGCUGAAGCAGUCCAUGAAGAUGACAAAAACGGCCAAAACGCACAUCACAUUUGUCUCCCCAGCUGACAUGAAUAUCCCUGGACUUCUGGAACCUCAGCAUGGAUCUAAAGAUAAAACCAUCAGUGCUUUUGGAUCCGGAACUGUGGCCAUGGACGUCAACAUAGAGAGGCUGGGAUAUUGGCAAGGUGAAGCUCUAAAAGUUACUGUUGAAAUCCAAAACCAGUCGUCCCGAAUGGUGAAGCCGAAACUGAUCUUUUAUAAAAAGAAGAGUCAUUUCGCCGAGGGUAAUAGGAGAAUGACCACGUCCGACAUUUUAAAGGAAAAGUGUGACCCGGUGGAGUCUGGCUGUAGCAAAACUGUGAGAAAAACCAUCACCAUCCCCCAGGAACUGCCCUGUUCUAUACUGAACUGCAGCAUCAUCAGGCUGGAGUACCGGCUCAAGAUCCUACUGGACAUCAAAUUUGCGAGUAACCCUGAGAUUAAAUUACCCAUCGUUGUUUUACCUGAAAAAAGCAGCCACAUGGCACCUUCAAAUAAGUCAAAGGAAGAUGAGACUUUGGCCCAACCCACUUCAGGCACAGCGAGCUCUCUCAGCCAGGCCCCGUCUGGGCGUGCCCAGGGCCCGUCUGGGCGUGCCCAGGCCCCGGAUGGGCGUGCCCAGGCCCCGGAUGGGCGUGCCCAGGGCCCGUCUGGGCGUGCCCAGGCCCCGUCUGGGCGUGCCCAGGCCCCGUCUGGGCGUGCCCAGGCACCGGCCGGGCGUGCCCAGGCCCCGGUGCGGUACCCUCCAGCUGCUGCCUCAGCCUCAGACGACCCUCCUCCCUAUGGUGCAGACGCCCUGUACCCAUCCUACUCCCACGUGGACCGUCACAGCCUUUUGUAG